ACAAUUGAUUAAUCAAUUAUGGUAUAUCUAGAACCAUAUAUAAUUUUAUCUUGUGUCCUUUGUUUCUUUCGAACAUAGUAUCUCUCUCCAAAGUCCAAGCUGACCAGGUACACACACGUAGAGAUUGAGGGAUCGAGGCCUCUUCCGUUCGCUCCGCCUCUCGCCGUCGCCGGCGGCGAUGCCGAACGCCGGCGCCGCCAGGAGGUGCGGCAGGGCCACGCACGUCGACCUGCUCACCGUCGUCCUCGCCGCGAUGCUCUGCUGGGCGUCCUACACCCUGUCGAUCUGGCACAACAGCCGCGGCGCCGCGGACAGCAGCGUGCUCGGCCUCGUCGUCGGCGCCACGGUCUGCGGCGACGCCGACGAGGAGCUCGACUUCGAGGCGCGCCACGCCGCCGACGACGCCGGCCUGUCCGUGUCCUCGGGCCCGGCGAACUCGAGAGUGCGGCGGGCGUUGAGCUCGUCGGGGCCAGCGCCCGCCGCGGCGGGGACGACGGUGAGCCGGUACCGCGCCCCGUUCCCGUGGCCGGCGAGCCGCGGCGUGGUUUGGGCGGGGAACUCGGCCCGCGGCGCCAAGGCCGCCGCCGACGCCGCCGCCGCCGCCAACAAGUGGGCGCGCGUCGACGGCGACAUGCUCCGGUUCACCGACGCCGCCGCCGUCCGCGCGUACGCCUACGUCGUGCUCCGGCUAGUCGCCGCGCCCGUGCGCGCCGCCGUCGACGUCGGGGCCAUGGUGAGUGCCGCCUCGCCCGCGCCCUCGCCCUCGACGUUGUCAACGCAUGGUCCUUUCGGAUUACGAAAAACUUUAGGGGGUUUUGCACAAAAAGAUCUUAAUACCGAAAAGGACUCGUUGGAAUUUAGGUGAUCUAAAAGAGGAGUGAUUUGGAUAUUAUCUUUGGCCUGAUGCGUAUAUUCGGAUUUCUGACAUCAGCUUAUGCUUUAGUGGGCGGCCUAAUCAAGAAAUGGUCGCUGGCAAGGACAAACCAAUGUGCACCAUAGAGUGAUGUGGUCAAUCAAAACCGUUGACUUAGAUAUUUUCCGGUGAAAUAAAAACAGUUGAGUAGGUAUGCUAAAAAACAGAUGAGUAGGUUGGUUUAUUAAUUUGCAUCAGCAAUUCAGCAUGCCAGCAAACAUGUCAUUUUCUAAUUUGUACAGAAAUGUGAAUAUCAACCUCUUCAUUUGGUUUA